CACGUGCAAAAAGUCGGUGUACCUGGAGAGCUUGCCACGCGUACCUUCACUCGGUCAAUUUUCAGCCAGCUCCAGCGGACGAUUUACUGCCCAGCCGGCUGCCCUCGAGUCACCAUCUUGCCGUCUACAAAACAUAAAGUUCACCCUUCAUCAUGAACGACGUUUCUAGAGAAUAUUUCUGGGGUUGUGUACUCAACAAGGAUAACCCCAAGGUAACCUGGACGUUUGAAGAGGAAGAGGAAGACACAGAUUUCCUUAUACACACACUAUUUUUAAAACAGGCAGUACUAGGACAAGCAGCAUUGAAGGAUGAAAGAAAUUUAGUAACUGUAGAGACCAAAAACUUUGACAAUGAACAAAUCAAACAUCCAGUGGUUUCUUUAACACUAGGCACAAAUGAUAUGUGCAAUUUAGAUUUAAGUUUUGGACAUGAAAAUCCUGUAGUAUUUGAACUGGUAGAGGGCGCUGGUCCAGUUCAUCUAACGGCACAGCAGUUAGUGGAGAUGCCAGAUGAAGGGAACAUCAGCCAAGAUGAGUCGUGUACAGAGACUGAGGAAGACGAAGAAGAACUAUUAGAAGAGAAGGAACCAGCAAAGACAAAAAAGAGGAAAGCCUCGUCGUCCAAAGGGCCAACAAAAUCGAAGAAAGGGAAAAUGGAGGUGAGUAAGGAGUUUGAGUGCAUCGUAUUAGUCAAGAAGCUAAAGGAAGAGGAUAUGGAAGAAGAUGAAGAGGAGGAUGAUGAAGAUGAGGAGGAAGAUGAAGAGGAGGAAGAGGAAAGCGAGGAAGAAAGCAGUCCAGAAAAAUCGAGCAAGAAGAAAAAAAAGGCCAAGGAGACGAAGGCUAACCCCCGGGGCAAAGGAAAGAUGACCAAGGCCUCCCCUGUCAGAGGCAAGGCCAAGAAAUCCAGGAAGGUGUAAAUUCCUACUGACCUUAGUACCAACAGGGACCUUCAGGAUAGAUUCCAGUACUGUGUUGUAUUGGUACUGCCCGUGUGAACAUUGUGGUGCGAUAUACCAGGACAGGAAGUGAAGAAUAGUGCUCAGUAAUCAUGUAGCUGUUGAAGAAGCUUGUAAAUGUGGAAAAAAAUCCAAUGUUUUCAAACAUUUCAUUAAACAUUUUCAACCACA